GCGCUCCGGCCAGCCCGCGGGGACCGGGGCUGCAGCCGCAGGAGCCGCUCGCUCGCUCGCUCUGCUCCCUGGCAGCGGGAAAAGUUCGCAGCUCUUCACCCUGCUCCUUCUCCCCCCACACGCAGCGCCCGCGGCCCGGCGCGGAUCCCCCGGGCAGGGGCAUGGCGAACUGAGCGCCCGGACCGGGCCGGGGGCGGCCCCGCCGCACCUGAGCGGCGGCAGCGGCGGCAGGGGGGUCCGCACCGCGGUGCUCCGCGGGCGGCCAUGCGCGGCGGGGGCGAGCGCUGAGCCCCCUUGGCCUGGCCGCCCCCCGCCGGCCCGGGCGAUCCCCGCUGCCGCGGGGGGGCAGGGCUGGAGGGCGCUGGGCAGCCCCCGGGGAGAGCGGGGAGCGGGGACCUUGGCUGCCUGCGCCCGGCCGAGCGCCAUGCCGCGGCGGCUGGCCUGGCUGUGCUGCUGCUGGGCGCUGCUGAGCGGCGCCUGCCGCCCCGCCGAGCCCGCGCUGCCUGCGGAGGGCGGGGAGCCACCGCCGCCCGCCGCCGCCUCGGGCUUCCUCUACCGGCGGCUGAAGUCGCACGAGAAGCGGGAGAUGCAGCGGGAGAUCCUGUCGGUGCUGGGGCUGCCCCACCGCCCCCGGCCGCUGCCGCGGGAGCCGCCGGCCCCGCCGCCGGGACGGCUGACGGCGGCACCGCGCUUCAUGCUGGACCUCUACCACUCCCUGGCCGAGGGCGCGGAGGGCAGCACGGGCACCGAGCGGGGCGGCCGUCCGCCGCCCCCCGCCCCGCCGCCGCUACCCAGCCCGCAGGACAGCGCCUUCCUCAACGACGCCGACAUGGUCAUGAGCUUCGUCAACCUGGUUGAGUACGACAAGGAGUUCACACCUCACCAGCGGCACCACAAGGAAUUCAAAUUUAAUUUGUCUCAGAUUCCUGAGGGGGAGGCCGUCACAGCCGCUGAGUUUCGAAUCUACAAGGACUGCGUUUUAGGAAGCUUUAAAAACCAAACCUUCCUUAUCAGCAUCUACCAAGUGCUGCAGGAACAUCAGAACAGGGCCUCUGACCUGUUUCUGCUGGACACGCGGGCAGUGUGGGCAUCAGAGGAGGGCUGGCUGGAGUUUGAUGUCACUGCGACCAGUAACAUGUGGGUGAUGAACCCUCAGCACAACAUGGGACUGCAGCUGAGCGUGGUGACCCGGGAUGGUUUCAGUGUAAAUCCUAGAGAAGCAGGCCUUGUAGGGCGAGAUGGCCCUUAUGACAAACAGCCUUUCAUGGUGGCCUUCUUCAAAGUGAGCGAAGUUCACCUACGGACCACUAGGUCAGCGACAAGCAGGCGCAGGCAGCAGAGUCGGAACCGCUCCACCCAGACUCAGGACGUUUCCAGGGUGUCAAGUGUCACAGAUUACAACAGCAGCGACUUAAAAACAGCGUGCAGAAAGCAUGAGCUCUACGUUAGCUUCCAAGACUUGGGAUGGCAGGACUGGAUAAUCGCUCCAAAGGGCUACGCAGCCAACUACUGUGAUGGGGAGUGCUCAUUCCCACUCAAUGCCCAUAUGAAUGCAACCAAUCAUGCCAUUGUCCAAACUCUGGUUCAUCUUAUGAAUCCUGAUUACGUUCCCAAACCAUGCUGUGCACCUACCAAACUAAAUGCCAUAUCUGUUCUUUACUUUGAUGAUAAUUCUAAUGUAAUCUUGAAGAAAUACAGGAAUAUGGUAGUAAGAGCUUGUGGAUGUCACUGACAAACAGUCUUCACGUGGACUCUGUGAUGCUACCAUGAACUUUGAUACAACCUUCCCUGCUUUCAGGAGCUUGGAGAGAAAAUCAUGUGGUAAACCACCUUUCAGAACACCACAUAUGUGCCUUGUGGGGGGACGGUGUGGGGACCACCCCCUGGGGUGUGAACAAACUGCUGGACUUCUUAUAGACUGACCCUAUGCCACGGUGGCUGCUCAGCUCAGCAGCAGCAGCAGCAGUAUGCCCACACAUGCUUUAUUUGGCUGGGAUGGUCUUAAUCUCACAUAGCAGCUUGGCCUUUAGCAGUUGCUUGGACAUCUGCUGAGUUUUACCAGAUGGGUUAACAACACCCAAAAAAAGUGAGGUCUUUUUCUUGGUGGUUGGGAGGGAAGACAAGGGGGAGAGGCAGAGAAGCUAAAGAAAGUGUUGGCACUUCAGUCGUAGAGCAUACGUCUCACACAAGAUCAUUUUGCCCAGAAGGACCAGCUACUAUGCCUAGGCUGUAAGUCUCCUCCUGACAGCUGUCAUGACAGUAAGCAUCCAAAAUUGUGCCAAAGUAAAUGUUUCAGUUCUCUUAUGCUCCAAGCACUGUUUAACUCUGAUCCUGCAAGCAUAAGAUGGCUUGGCUGCACCAUGUGUUAGAAACACUACCAUGAACUCAGGCCCUGGCUGGUCUUGCCAGUUCACUCUCUGACUGAGCAGCACAACUUUAUACACUUGUUCUUAUGCAACUUCCUUCCCCUCCCCUCAUGAGGUGGCCUCAUCUAUUACCAGUUGCCCAGGAAGGAAGUCAGGACACUUCUAAAGCUAUAAUUCAGAUGUAAAAGUUUAGGAGCCAUUCAUUCUCUAGCUGGACAGUUUGUUUACAGGAAGACAGAAUGUCUACAACAUUUGCAACCUUUUCCAUUCGACUCACACAACUAACAAACUGGUUUAAAGGAUAUGCAGUGUAGCCAUGCUUUGUCUAGCAGAAGCUAAUAGCAAAUUGUUUUGAUCAAUAUUAAACUUGUAUUGAAUGCACUUACCUCUACUUGCAUUUAAAAGGCUUCUUGUAAAUACAAGCUAUAAUUUAUUGCACUUGUCACUGUAUAUUCAUUGUUCUGUAUCAUUUAUAGAAAGACUGCUUUUUUAAAAAGUUUUUAUUUAGAAAAAUCUCAGUGUAAACAAUUGUACCACUUUGAUUUUAUACAAGAAACUCAUGAGAUUGUGCUUCACUAGAAAGUUGUUAAAAACGUAAUAAAGGCUUCCUGUAAGGCAGAAGUAUACACA